AUGGGAGGCGGCGCUAGUAAACCUGCAAAACAGAACACGAGUCCGGAGGAAGCAAAGCCUCGGGGGCCCACUGAAGGCGUGGGUGGGUCGUCCUCACGGAAAACGGCUGAACAAGGUCCACAAUCUCUGGGACCCCCACAAGAGGAGGAGGCAGAGGAAAAGCUCGAUAUCCCUGACUACAUUGACAUCCUCCAAGAAAACACUGAUGAUGUGAUUGACAUACCUGUUGUACAAGAUGGUUAUCCUCCUCCGAAACCGGCUUCAAACCGGAAGUCAGACAUCUUAAGAGCAGCUGAUAUUGCCGAGGGAGAUAAAAGAGCUAAAAAGAUUAAACCAGAAGAUGCAACUACGUUUGAAGAUCUCGCAGAAUUGCUAACGAAAGGAAUGUCACGUGACGUCCAACAAGUUCGCGCGAUAUUCUCCUGGGUCAUCGGACAGAAUGUUCAAGAAAUAAAAUUCCCUGAAAAUAUGAUAAUCAAUUCCCCAAUGCAGAUCCUGAAACGCAUGAAAGAAGGAAAAUCAUCAUAUACCACGAUUUUCACCCUACUUUGUCGAGCAGCGAAAAUUCCUUGUGCCAUUAUCCAUGGGUUUGCUAAGAGUGCUGGAUAUGAAGUUGGCCAAACAGAACUGGAAAAUCUCCGGAACAUGUGGAAUGCAGUUUACGUAAAUGGCGGAUGGCGUUUUGUCUUUCCCUUAUGGGCGUGUAGGGUAGUGGUUGGACAUAGCACAGGAAAAUGGACUCUUGUGGAAGCAAAAGGUAAAGGAGUUCGGGAGAAGAUGCCAGCGUCCACAGGAGAAAGUGUCAGUACACUUAAUGACUACUACUUCCUGCCCGAUGCAGAGGAGUUCGUAUUCCGAUGUUUUCCGGACAACCCCGAGUGGCAGCUACUGAGAAAACCUAUCUCAAAAGAUGAAUUUGUAGAGAUGCCAUACUGCCGACCAUCUUUCUUUGACUUUAAGGUAAAGAUUGUAAGUAAACCCAAGUGUGUUCUGAUUUCUGAGGACGGGCUGUGCAACAUAUGCUUAAAGAGUUCCAUCAUCGAAGACAUAAUGAUGACGUAUGAAUUAUUCUACAAUGACGAAGAGUCGGGCUCCCCGAUUUCCUCGGAAAUUCAGUUAGACAAAUACGUAGCUGUACUGAACCAGAAUGGUAAAGUGGCUUUCAAUAUUCGAUUUCCUAGUCCUGGAGUUUAUAAAAUUGACGUUCACGGGAUUUUAAAAGGGGAUGCUAUGUCAUGGUUGUGUUCAUUCAAACUCAUAUGCAAAAAUGCGAGGGUGGACAUUAAACCUUUCCCAUGUAAUCCGGAUGUUGGAUUUGGUCCAAAUUUUAAAACUGAACUCGCAGGACUGAAGGCUGAAACACACCAUGAUAGUUUUAUAAGCUUUCAUAGCAAACGGGAAACGGAAAUAAAAUUUACAAUGACAAAAUAUGUGCAAGUACAAACUAAACUGGUUCACCACAAUAUGAAAAGUCACCAGUUGAAGGAUUUUGUCUCCACGAGGGUGGUAGGGAACCAACUAUGCAUUGGACUGGCAAUCCCACAGAAAGGGGAGUUUGGUUUACAGAUUAACACGAAAGGGAAAGAAGACAGAGAAUUUCAAAAUGUUUGUAACUAUUUACUGGAAGCGCAAGAAGGGGAAAGGAAACACCGAACCUACGAGACUGCGUCAGAGAAAAAAGCGAGGGCUGAACUAAAGGGGUCGCUGCAAUCAAAAGAUCCGAUUGUUAUCAAGCGUGCAAUUGACCAAUUUGCAAAGUUUGAUCUGGACGAUAAAGGGGAAUUAAAGAAAGCCAAAGACAAGAUUGAAUUUCUCACGCUAUCAAAAGGAUUAAGGGACAGCGUUAACAGAAGGAAUGUUGAAGCUCUGGAAGAAAGUCUCCAUCAGGCAAAAUCUUCAAAAUUCCAACACAAACUACAGUCCCUCAUCCAGAAAGCCGAAGAUGUGUUGAUGGAUCUACAGAAGACAAAGAAGUACGCCCACGAGAUCCUUGAAAUGAACCAGGUGACCAUUACGGAAUUGCGUAACUACCAGACUCCAAAACCCAUCGUGCAUGACGUGAUGAAAGCCACGUUUACGUUACUAGGAGAGCGACAGGAAAUGUUGGAGGAUUGGAGAGAUGUCCAGUAUUUGAUGAGAAGGACCGGAAAAGGGUCCCUGAUGAACAGGAUAAAGAAAUUUGAUAAGGUCCACGUCGAAGAGAACUGCGUUAAUUUGGCUUCACAGUUUUUGAAGCCAUAUGAUGAGGACAUGGCACAUGGAACCAGCGCCGGAUGUGGAACAUUUUAUGUUUGGGCAAACAACAUAGUUUCUGAUUUUACGAAAGCUGAACUUAAUGAUGCUCGGCAUCAGGCACCUAGGAGUCGUACAAGACAUCAUUCAAACAUAAAUUCCUCCGCGGUGGGUCCCAAAAAUGAGGAAGAGGAUGAAGGCGUGGUUAGUGAUCACGGACAGUCCGGUCAGUUCAGUGACGAAAAUGUUGACCAAUCAGGCGAAAAUCAAAUUCAAGAACUAGACGAUGGGUAUCAGUCGUGAUGUGCUCAAAUUAAUAGUUAUAUACUAA